GGUAGAUCAUGCAUGGAAAUCACCAGAGAACACAAAAUUCUAGCUGUGGCUUCAUUUGCAUUAUGAUCUCAGUUGAACACGCCUAUUGUCUUUGUAGCCACAAGAAGGAUGGUUGUUAUACAAAACAUUCUUGCCUAUGAGUGACUGCUUACUACACAGUCUUUCUGGAGCUUAGCACUGCAAGAUUUGGUGUAUUGAAAGAAGCAAGAAUCAGCUCCUUCUAGCAACAUGUUUUCUGUUACUUGCUUGGGGCUUGUGAUAUUCUUACUCUUCAAGAAGAGCAAUGGAGAUUCUGUGACCCAGACAGAAGGUCCAGUUACUCUCAGAGAGAGGGCAUCUGUAAUGCUGAACUGCACCUACCAGACCACUGAUUCAGCUCCCGUGGUUUUCUGGUACAUCCAAGAUCUCAACAAAGCCCCUCAGCUGCUCCUGAAGACGGCAACUGAAAACAAGAGGACGGAGAACCGAGGGUUUCAGGCCAUGCUUGUCAAGAGCAGUAACUCCUUCCACCUGCACAAGUCCUCACUGCAGCCGUCAGACUCGGCCCUGUACUACUGCGCUGUGAGUGACACAGUGCGCUGUGCACAGGAGGUGAAGCAGAGUCCCGCAGCUCUGAGUGCCCGGGAGGAGACAGCUUGCUUCUCACCUGUAGUUACACUGACGCGCCAUUUACUUGCUUCAGUGGCUCAGGCAGGACCCCGGGGAAAGGGUCACAGGUCUGCUGUCGAUUCAGUCAAAUCAGGGCAAACAAGCGGCAGACUCAAAGCCUCGUUGGGCAAAUCCACAAGACAGAGUGCUCUGUACAUCGCAGCUGCUCAGCCUGGUGACUCAGCCCCGCACCUCUGUGCUGUGAGGCAGUGCACCACAGGCACCUGCACCUUGUCCCCAAACCUGGCUGAGCUGUAG